AACUCUCCAAAUAGUGAUGUGUCAAUACAACCUCACUUUCUAAUCAACCUAUAAAUUUCUUUCUUGUUUGCAAGGAAAUAUCGCAGCUGUGGUAUUCAUUUUAUUCACUAAUUAGUAAUGGCCGCAGCAGACGAAACUUUCGAACAGUUUGAAGAAGACGAUGGAACGGACACCACUCUUGCGCUAUGUAGCGCAGGCCGAAAACGCCUAUUCAGUAAAGAACUGCGUUGUAUGAUGUAUGGUUUCGGUGAUGACCAAAAUCCUUACACUGAAAGUGUUGACAUUAUUGAGGAUUUGGUGAUUGAAUUUAUAACAGAAAUGACACACAAGUGCAUGGAAAUUGGCCGCACUGGAAGGGUCCAAGUUGAAGACAUUGUGUUUCUAGUCCGGAAAGAUUCACGCAAAUACGCCCGCGUUAAAGACCUGCUAACCAUGAACGAAGAACUUAAGCGUGCGCGUAAAGCUUUUGACGAAAUUAAAUUUGCAGAAAAGUUAGAAGUGUCGAGGUGACUGUGAAACUAGUGUUAUUUUGUUCAGGUUUGUUAUCUUUAAUAGUGAUGGAAUUAUUUUUUACGUUAUUAGGAUUAAGUGGAUUAUUUUGGAAUCUGGAAAGGUUUUUGAUUUUUGGUCUUUUUGCAUGCUGAGUAUGUAAAUGACUCAAGGAGUUUAAUGGUUUUUGUUCGAUUUCAGGGAAAGACGCUCUUAUUAAUUAAUUUUUUCUCAGAUGAGAGUAACGUAAGCCAUCUCUAUUUAAGAACAAUUAAUUUGUAAGGAAUAUAUAUUUUAUAUUUAAAGCGGCGAGGUACAAGUUGGUUAAUAAAAAUAAAAAUUUAUGAAAAUUAUUAUACAUG